AUGGCAAAUGUAGAUGUUUUCGCUUGCGUAUAUGCUGCCCUCAUCUUGGCUGAUGAUCAAGUAGCAAUCACUGGUGAAAAGAUUGCAACCCUUCUCAAGGCAGCUGCAGUCUCUGUUGAGCCAUACUGGCCAGGGCUUUUUGCCAAGGCAUUGGAUGGACUCAAUGUGAGAGAUCUGAUCACCAAUGUUGGAAGUUCUGCUGGUGCUAGACCUGCGGCCGCUGCUGCCCCAGUUGCUGCUGCUGCCCCAGCUGCAGGCAAACCUGCCGCCGCAGAAGCCAAGAAAGAGGAAAAGAAAGAUGAAUCUGAUGAAGCAUCUGAUGAUAACAUGGGCUUUGGUCUGUUUGACUAA